AUGAGCUUCCAGGAUACUAUCGUUGACUGGUUAUCUGGAAAAAUGUACGUUAGGAUUUACUUGCUGCAAUUUUUUGGUAUCGCGUUUCUGAGUGUGUCAUCUUCUCCUGAGACAGAGUUGGUGGUGAGGAUUCUUGGAGGACCACUAGUUGCUCAACUGUUAGCUGAAGAAAAUGGACAUUUCUAUAAGGGCCCAGUUCUGGGAUUUGCUGAUACUUACAUACUAAUUCCUAUCGAAGGAACCUUCGAGAAUCACCAAAAAAGAGGACUGCAAUCAAAAAAAAUUGUCACCGAUGAUAGGGUCAUAUGGGCGGACAUGCAGGAAGCGAAAACCAGACAAAAAAGAGAUUACAUAUCAUUUCAUAUAGAUCCGGCAGAUAUACCAAAAGAAAGGCAAAAGAGAUUCGAAAUAAACAAAAACAUGUCUCUGUCAAACGACACCUCGAAGUUGAGAAAAAAGAGAUACUCCGGUACACCGGAAGAGAUUAUCAAAAGAUAUGAAACGGUAAGGAAGAGUUACAAAAGGCCACCAGCAUCUUCCGAGAGUUUCGAUGAUAACUUCUGGAAACACCAGUCCGAAUACGUAUUCAAUGUACCAAAGAGAACAAUCAAAAGCGAUGAAGAAGUACGGAAGAUCUCCAAUAGACCAUCAAUAGCUUCAACUGAUAAAACUUUCAAUGAUGAACUAUGGACCCAACAGUGGUAUUUGCGCGACACCAGAAGCAGACUGGACUUGCCAAAACUGGACUUGAAUGUUCUUCCAGUUUAUAGAGCUGGAAUCACUGGAAAAGGAAUCCGAAUUUCUAUACUGGACGAUGGCAUAGAAUAUACGCAUGAUGAUCUCAAAGGAAAUUAUGAUCCCGAUAUAAGUUGGGACUGCAAUGAAGACGAUGACGAUCCAUUUCCUAGGUAUGAUUACACAAAAAGCAACAGCCAUGGCACCAGAUGCGCAGGCGAAGUAGCAAUGUAUGCAAACAACGGAAAGUGUGGAGUAGGAAUAGCCUACAACGCGAAAAUUGGGGGUGUUAAGAUGCUAGACGGUUUGGUGACAGACAGAAUCGAAGGUACCGCCUUGAGUUACGCCCAGCACUUGGUCGAUAUUUAUAGUGCCUCUUGGGGCCCUAACGACGACGGAAAAACAGUCGAUGGGCCAGGAAGAUUGGCCUCCGAAGCGAUAAAACGAGGAAUUGAAGAAGGACGGAAAGGCAGAGGUACAAUUUACGUAUGGGCGUCUGGAAACGGAGGGAACAAUAACGAUAACUGCAACUGCGAUGGUUACUUAGCCAGCCCUUAUACGGUUUCCAUAGGAAGUGCUUCGCAGAAAGGGGAAUUCCCAUGGUAUGGUGAGGCAUGUGCCUCCACCUUAGCUGUGACCUACUCUUCGGGAGCUUACAAGGACCAAAUGAUCACAACUACGGAUUUGAAUAAUGCUUGCACUACCAAGCAUACUGGGACGUCAGCUUCUGCUCCUCUAGCAGCAGGAAUAAUAGCAUUAGCUCUGGAAGCAAAUGCCAAUUUGACUUGGAGAGACGUGCAGCACCUGAUAGUGUGGACCUCGGAACUUGCACCGUUGGUAAAUAACCAAGGAUGGCAGCAGAACGCUGCUGGGUUCUGGUUCAAUGACAGGUUCGGUUUCGGUUUGAUGAACUCUUUUGGCUUAAUCAGUGCCGCUCUGACUUGGACCAAUGUUCCAGAAUGGAAAACUUGUGAAACUUUAGUUCCCAGCAAGUCUAUCAAUUCAACGUUGACUGGUGAACAUCCUGUGGAAAUUUUCAUACCUACGACAGGUUGUAAAGGAAGUGACCAAGAAAUAAGGUAUCUAGAACAUGUAGAAGUCAGAGUUAAUAUACAAUUUUCCAUUAGAGGAGCAUUGCAAGUACAUCUGGUGUCACCCUCAGGAACACAGUUGAAACUGUUGGCACCAAGGAAGCUGGAUCAGAGUGAUAAGGGCUUCAAGGACUGGACGUUUUUGUCAGUGAUGACGUGGGGAGAACCUGCUGAAGGGGUCUGGACAUUAGUAGUGUCUGACGCAACUAAGAACGAACGAAAUUUCGGAAGCAUCGGCGAUACGACACUGAUUCUUCAUGGUACCACGGAACUACCAUUCCACAUGAAAAAAGGCGCAAGAAGUUACAACGAGAACUACAACAGAAUACAAAGCCGGGUGAAAACACCCCAUCAAUCGUUCGUGGAGAAAGAGGUCUAUAUACCUAACAAUGACGUAGGCGGGGCACCUGGAGAUAGCUGGAAGAACGAGUAUUUUCCUUAUCAGUUUUUCAAUAAACGAAAUGUAUAUCAUUGAAAACCAGUUAUAAAAUGGAUAUGUAAAUAUGUUCAUGAAAAACUUGCAAUUCAUCCAUGUAGGUACUGUAUAGUAAUAGUAAAUAUCCGAAAUAAAUUAAUAAAGUGAUAAAGCGACUG